UAUCCAAUUUGUAUUAAUAUAUAGUUGAACUCAGAUUAUGUAGCCAGUUCCAUAAAUAAGAAAACAUUUUUUGUAGGUUUUUUUUCUUACAGUUCUCUUAUGUUUCAAGUUCCCAGGCCAGUAAGAUUUGCUUAACAGAACUUUGUAACUUUCUGUUAUACUGAUGCAUUCCCUGUUGAGUUUCUUUCCCAGAAAUGGUGGAUCUUCCUUGCAGUCAUGAGAUAACUACAAAGCCUUACACCACCUGUUUGUCUGGAGAAGACAAGAUAUGCAAUACCCUACCACAAAUCAUGCCCAAGGACCCAUUGAGCCUGCACAUAAGGCUCAAAGAAAGACAAAAUAUUAACACCUAGUUCAUUUUAAUACUAAAAUCCCUAUGCUAUGUGGGACUUAUCCACCAUUUUUUGAAAAUGGGAUGCAUGUACUAGCAUGAUUUCUGACUGUGCUUUGGUGCCCUGCACUCUACCCCAAACACCUAAUCAUGCUCACUCCCCUCAUGCAUUAUCCAUUUCACUCUAGAAAAACUCCUGAGCCUGUUGAUCAGGGAGGUGGCUUUGAGGCAGUCCAUACCUUCCCCUCCCAGUAGAUGUGUCUCCAGCAAUAAAUCCUUUCUUCCUUCACAAUCCUUAUUGUCUCAGUAAUUGGCUUUUUGUGCAGUGAACAACAUUGAACCCCCCUUGUGGGUUCAUUAACAAUUGUAUAUUUCGCCAAUCACUAUCCCAUAAAUUCUUGAGCAACCACUUUGAGCAUAUUCUUCUAACAAACAUUGUAGUCUAAUAGGAGGUGAAAUUUUAAAAACAUAUACAAAACAGAAAAUAGCAAAUUUAUAGGUGUUAUAAAAGUUUAUUGAAUACGAUAGCAGUAAGGGAAGUGGUAGAAUAUCAAUAUUGUCUAGAGUAUUUAGGAAAGACUUGAUAAUAGAAGUGGAAUAUGAUCUUACCCUAGAAAGUUACUAUAAUUUGGUCCAAUAGUGAAAAGUGAUUAGACUGUCUAGGCCAAUGCAAUGGCAUGGGCAAAAUUAUGACGCAGAAGUGAGUUUACACUGUAGAAGAACAUAGUCUGGAGUUGAAGAGGCUAACCAAUUCCCAUUAUAUUGAAUUCAGAAAUAAAAUUGUAUAGAAAUGGUAGAGUCAGAGCACGAUAUACUUGAGAGGCAGUUAUUUCUGUAGAAGUGAAAGAUCUUUGUUGCUAAGCAGCUAAAUCUAGAAUUUAGUAACCUGAGAGACAAAUGGGGGGUGGGGAGCUUAUAUUUCCCUGUGUUCUGUGUGGUCUCAACUACAAAUCUUUGUUCAUCGAUAAAGGGUGGUACAAACCAUCUAGACAGAAAAGGCCAUGGAAACUACUAUUUCUUUUACUGCAUUGUGGUUCUGAUGAUCCAACUCUGCCAGGACACAGAUCUAUAAAGGUCAGCCCUGCACCCUGAGCAGCUCAGGAGGAGCCAGACCAGCAGUUCCUCACACUCUGCACUCUUCUGUUCUGGACAGAUAGUGCCAUAAUGGUGGCUAUGGAGGCUGGAGCAUCCAUGAGAGUCACUCUACUGCUGCUCUGGCUUGGGGUGUCUCUGUACCCACCUGGCCUUUCCCAGGCUGGGCCCUCGCAACGCCUCAGCUCCCCAGAAGUAGUGAUUCCCUCGAAGGUAACCAGCAGAGGCAGAGGUGCAAAUGCUCCGGGAUGGCUCUCCUAUAGCCUGCUGUUUGGGGGCCAGAGACAUAUUGUCCACAUGAGGGUCAAGAAGCUCUUGAUUUCCAGACAUUUCCCAGUGUUCACCUACACAGAGCAGCAUGCCCUCCUGGAGGAUCAGCCCUUUGUCCCUGAUGACUGUUACUAUCAUGGCUACGUGGAGGGAGCCCCUGGGUCUCUGGUUGUUUUCAGUACCUGUUUUGGGGGCUUUCAAGGGGUAUUACAAAUAAAUGACCUCACUUACGAAAUUGAACCCGUGAGGCACUCUACCACAUUUGAACACCUUGUUUAUAAGAUAAACACUAAUGAGACACAAUUCUUACCCAUGAGAUGUGGCUUAAAAGCAAAGGAAAUAGCAUACCAACACUUGGAAUUGGAAGAGGUUGAGAACUCAGCUCUGAAACAAAAUUCUACUGAUAACUGGUGGACCCAUGCAUGGUUUCUGGAACUAGUUGUGGUGGUAAACCAUGAUUUCUUCAUUUACUUCCAAAGCAACUUCUCAAAUGUGCAAGAGGAUGUAUUUCUUGUUAUCAACAUAGUGGAUUCCAUGUAUCAGCAGUUGGGUACUUAUGUAAUUUUGGUUGGGAUUGAAAUUUGGAAUCAAGGAAAUGUUUUUCCAAUAAUAAGUAUAGAACAGGUUCUAGAAGAUUUCUCUCACUGGAAACAAAUCAGUCUUUCCCAGAUACAGCAUGAUGCUGCACAUAUUUUCAUUAAAAAUCCUCUUAUAAAUACACUUGGUAUAGCCUAUGUUGCAGGAAUAUGUCGUCCUCCUAUUGAUUGUGGAGUUGAUAAUUUCCUAGGAGACACCUGGUAUCUUUUUGCCAACACUGUGACCCAUGAGUUAGGUCACACUUUGGGUAUGCAGCAUGAUGAGAAGUUCUGUUUUUGUGGGGGAAAAGGUUGCAUCAUGAGUGAUUUCAGAGUGCCAGCAGAGAGAUUCACCAAUUGCAGUUAUGCUGAUUUUAUGAAGACCACUUUAAACCAGGGAUCAUGCCUGCAUAAUUUUCCAAGACCAGAGGAAGUCUUUACACUGAAGCGCUGUGGGAACGGCAUGGUUGAAAGAGAAGAGGAGUGUGACUGUGGAUCUGUACAGCAGUGUGAACAAGAUCCCUGUUGUCUGCUGAACUGCACUCUGAGGCCUGGUGCUGCUUGUGCUUUUGGGCUUUGUUGUAAAGACUGCAAAUUCAUGCCAUCAGGGGAACUCUGUAGGCAACAGGUCAAUGAAUGUGACCUUCCAGAGUGGUGCAAUGGGACAUCCCAUCAAUGUCCAGAAGAUAGAUAUGUGCAGGACGGGAUCCCCUGUAGUGACAGUGCCUACUGCUAUCAAAAGAGAUGUAAUAACCAUGACCAACAGUGCAGGGAGAUUUUUGGUAAAGGUGCAAAGAGUGCACCUUGGAAUUGCUAUAAAGAAAUCAACUCCCAGGGAAACCGUUUUGGUCACUGUGGUAUAAAUGGCACAGCAUACCUAAAAUGUAAUACCUCUGAUAUCUUUUGUGGGAGAGUUCAGUGUGAGAAUGUGGGAGUCAUUCCUUCUCUCCAAGAUCAUUCUGCUUUGCAGCACACUCACAUCAAUGGUGUCACCUGCUGGGGUAUUGGCCAUCAUUUAGGGAUGGACAUACCUGACAUUGGUGAAGUUAAAGAUGGCACUGCAUGUGGCCCAGGAAAGAUCUGCAUCCAUAAGAAGUGUGUCAGUCUGUCUGUCCUGUCACAAGUCUGCCUUCCUGAGACCUGCAAUAUGAAGGGGAUCUGCAAUAACAAACAUCACUGCCACUGUGGCUAUGGGUGGUCCCCACCCUACUGUCUGCUCAGAGGCUACGGAGGUAGUGUUGACAGUGGCCCAGCAUCUGGAAAAGGAAGAGUUUUCUUGCCACUAAUUGUGAUUCCUUCUUUGGUUGUUUUAACUUUUCUGGGUACUGUUGGGCUUGUUAUAUAUCUUCGACAAUAUUCUGGUCCCCAGGAGACUAAGGUUCACUCAUCAGGUCUAAAAAAUCUCUAAUUUACUAUCCCAUGCAUUAUUGAGUUUUGGUCUUUUAGCGGUAGAAAUGUUAGUACAUGUCUGAAUCUGAGCAGAGUUCUGACUGUUUACCGAAAGAUUCAGGGAUCUUCCCUUCUAUCAGUAUUAGAAAUAUUGUCAUUAAGUACAAGUAAUUCCUAACAUGUUCCUAGCUACUGUUCAUUGGUUUAAUGCAGCAAAUAAAGUACCAUCUUGCCCUUUC